UACACAUUGUAUAUAAGCAAACAUUAAACAGGUACUCUCACUACAAACGUGAGAAGCGAAAACACUGAAGUUCAAUCUGUAAAAUAUCUCCCUUGUCGUCUAUGUUUACAUUGCUACAAGCGGGAGUAUAAUGUUGUAUAAAGUCUGUAUUCCGUAUUUGAACUGCUUCUUCAGCGUCAUCAUAUUUGUAUCUUCGGCAUCAUAUCGGAGACAAUGUAGAAUACCAGUCAGAUUGGACGUCCGACAUAAGAGUCAUUCCAGGUUACGCAAUAAGUUUAUCUUCACAGCUAAAAUAGCUUCACAUGCGACAACAAAAUUACCAAUGCUGGACUUGGAUAAAACUUGCCCAACGUCUAUUGUUCAUUCCAGAGCUGCCCGCAGGCGUUCCACGUGUCCUUGGUACCUGAAAGUUAUCUAUGACAAAAACGUUUACCCUCCACUACGUACUGAAGCUGUGUGUCGCUGUAAAAAUUGUCUAGGCACUGACAACAACUACCACUGUGUGACAGUAUAUACUGAAAUGCCUGUUCUUAUUCGUACAGGAGCAUGUGUUGACGGGUUCUAUGUAUAUAAGCCCAGUAAAAUUAAUGUCGCCUCAGCUUGUGUAUGUGCGCGGAUUAUCGAUCGUGAAAAUAUAAAUAAAAAAGAUUAUGAGUCGUAAAAGCAGUUGACAACAAUCUGUGACCUGCUUUGGCGUAAAUAUUGUUGGCAUUCAACCACCACGAGGUUAUGCUAUACUAUGUAUAACUUACUAAAAUUUGUUUAGGCUCUAUGUAUGCAUAUAUGUAUUAUGUAUGUAUGCAUGCAUGUAUGUGUGUAUGUAUGUAUGCAUGUAUUAUGUAUGUAUAUAUGUAUGUAUUAUGUAUGUAUAUAUGUAUGUACAUUUCCAAGUGGUAUAUCUGAACGAACCUUGUCAUGCUGUAUAAAACUGACAAAAGGCAGGUCUCUUACCGUUGUCAAUAUUUAUACACCAAUAUUGUCUCAUUCCGAUGAAACUGUAGGACAAUUUUAUGACGAUCUAGCACAAUUAUUGAGGAAAGUACCGAUUUCUGACAAGCUGGCCAUACUGGGAGAUUUCAAUACAAGCGAUAGAAAUAACUACAUUUCAUGGACUGUUUUAGGCCGAUAAUGGUAUUGGAAAAAAUAAUAAAAAUGGAGUAGCUCUUUUGAUGUUUUUAUACUGAGAACAAUCUGGUUUUUACCAACACUGUUUAAACAGAAAAAUAAAUUUAAAACCACCUGAAUGCACCCACGGUCAAUAUUAUAUUUUGAUCAGAAAGCGUGAUAUGAAAGUGUUCGAACCAUGAGAGGAGCAGAGAGCUGGACUGACUAUCGUCUAGUGCGUGAAAAAAUAAAUGUUCUGAUAAUGCCUAAAAGUUAAGUCUGGUCCUAAAGUACCCAAAAAGUUAAAUGUUGCAAACUUGAAAUUACCAACUAACUUCCAAAGAUUCCACCAUGCUUUAGAAAAUAUCAAUCUUGACCCGAACAAUCUAUUGGAAGGGUAUUUACUUAAAAUAUCGAACAACAGGGAAUGGUUUUAAUAUGACCAGGCUGCUCUAUUCUUCUGAUACAUAUUCUGAUACAAAUUUUUAGAAUAAUUUUUUAGAACAAAAAUGCCUUCAUCGCAGUUUAAACAUAAAAUGGAGUUUUUUUUUAUUACUCAAACACAGCUGUUCUUGCAUCAGCAGGCAUAACUUCAAUUAAAGCAAUGGUUUUGAAAAGCCAAACGAGAUGGCCUAGCCAUAGUGUUCGAAUGGAGGCUGAACGCGCACUCAAACAGCUGUUUUAUGGUGACCCUGCAGAGGAGAGCGCUAUCGGUGUAAACCUAAAAAGAGGUUUAAGGACGGCAUAAAGACUACCAGGAAGUCACUUGGAAUGGAUCCAGAGGACAUAGAAACCCUUGCUUCGGAUCGAGCUGUAUGGUGAACAAAAUGUGGAGUGGAGAGAAAGCGUUUGAAGAGGCCAGGAUAACGCAAGAAAGGUACAAGAGAGAUGUAAAGAAGAAUGUUACGAUAGAACAAGUGAAGUCCAAUGACCUUUUUGGACACAAUUUGUGACAGACGAUGACUUUGUUUUGCUGGGCUCAAAUCCCAUAUGCGGACGCAUGAAAAACGAGCCUCCACCAAAUAUUCAGCCUAUAUAUGUGUGCACACGUUUCAAUGCCGUGUAUGCCAUAAGGUCCGCAAAUCUAACGGAGGCCUCAAAAGACAUUUUAAGAUUCACAAGGAUCAAAACUUAACUGCAGCUCCUGGCAGUCCACAUCGGAUAUGGAAACUAUGUCUGGUUUAAAAUGACACCAUGAUGGAUCUAAGAUUUAGACACAAGAAGAGAUCAGACUCUGCGUAAGGAACACACGACCACUUUGUAUGUUGUCAAAAAAGCCAUUGACAACAGAGAACCACAAGGAUUUGACAAUAUAUAUAUGUAUAUAUAUGUAUAUAUAUAUAUGUAUGUAUAUGUGUAUGUACGUAUGUAUGUAUGUGUGUGUAUGUAUGUAUGUAUGUAUGUAUGUAUG